GCUCUGCCCAGGGAUCCCAAGCAGAGCCGGCAGCGGGAGCCACAGUCGCAGCUCCGGAGCAGCGCCGGGAGCGCGGCCGGAGCGUCGUGGGCUCCCAAACACCAUGGCCGAGUUCCCGUCCAAAGUGAGCACAAGGACCAGCAGCCCCGCGCAGGGAGUGGGAGCGUCGGUGUCUGCGCUGCGCCCAGACCUAGGCUUCGUGCGAUCCGCCCUCGGGGUGCUCGCACUACUGCAGCUGGUGCUGGGGCUGCUGGUGUGGGCCCUGAUUGCCGACACUCCGUACCACCUGUACCCUGCCUAUGGCUGGGUCAUGUUUGUCGCUGUCUUCCUCUGGCUGAUGACAAUCGUCUUCUUCAUCAUCUACCUGUUUCAGCUGCACAUGAAAUUGUACAUGGUGCCCUGGCCGUUGGUGUUACUGAUCUUUUUUGUCGCUGCCACGGUUCUCUAUAUCACUGCCUUUAUCAGUUGCGCUGCGGCGGUAGAUCUGACAUCCCUGAAGGGCUCCCGGCCAUACAACCAGCGCUCAGCUGCCUCUUUUUUCGCUUGCCUGGUGAUGAUUGCCUACGGAGUGAGUGCCUUCUUCAGCUUCCAGGCCUGGCGAGGAGUGGGCAGCAAUGCAGCCACCAGUCAGAUGGCUGGGGGCUACUCUUAGGCCAGCCGUGUUGUGGCCUAAGCUACGGCUGGGUCUGAGCACAGGGUCACCCCCAAUCUCAUGGACUCAAGCUCUCCAGCACUCCUGAGGAAUUCCUGAAGCCGGCACAGAAGAGCUACCUAGAACCAGCAGUGGGGACCUCCUCCCCACCCCCUUUAUUCAGCGGAAGGUGACGGGGAUAUGGGCUCGCAUGGCUCUGCCUUGUCCAAGGACUUCAGGAUCCCAGGUUGGGCCACCCUCCUCACCAGCACUAAAUGCACUAACAGAGAGCUUCAGCCUCCUUCCUGCCACAGUAUAAACCUAACAAACGACAGAGAAGCUAAGCAAGCCCCCUCCCCUGUCCCAAGCCAAUGUGUCACCUGUAGAGAGACUUUUAUUGGAAGAGUUGGGAUUUUGGACUGAACUAUUUCAGUUGGUUUCAAGCAGUUUACAAAGGUGGCGAGCCUUGCCAUGUCGUCCCUCUUGUGUAACUCCCUCUUUGGGAAAGCUAGUGCAGGGUGCUUCCCCCAGGCUGCUGCUGAGACCAAGAGACUUGUGGGAGAAGGAAGCAGGGCCUUGCCUCGUGAGUUGUCAUGGAGUUGGUGGUGACUUUUGUUUGGAAUUAUUUUUUACAAUUUAAAUAAAAAUGGAGGUGUCUAUUUGGAAA